AUGGGUAAGGAUGAAAAAGAUCAUGAGGAUACAAAGGAGGGUUCUGGGUUAAAUGAGAAUCGUCAAGAAGGGUGUUCUUCAAAGGAAGGGAAGGGGAAGAGAUUGUGGAAGAAAGUGAAGUACCAGCUAGUGGAGUACCACUCUUUGCCUGGGUUUUUAAGGGACAAUGAGUUCAUUCUUGGUCAUUAUCGGUCCGAAUGGCCUUUGAAACAGACUUUACUCAGCGUUUUCACCAUUCACAAUGAGACCCUCAAUGUAUGGACGCAUUUAAUAGGGUUCUUCCUCUUCCUUACCCUGACCAUUUACACUGCAAUGAAGAUUCCCAAGUUUGUGGAUCUCCCUACCAUACACCAUUUCCCUGAUGUGUUGAGAAAAGCUGAUAUGCACAAACUGCAUGCAGAACUUUUGACUUGUCUUCCUUCCUUGCCAAACAUGCCUGAUUUGCAAACAUUUCGGGAGGAGUUAAAGACGUCAAUAUUGCCUUCCAUGGAUUUGCUACCAUCACCAUCGAACUGGUAUAUUGUAGAAUUGCUCACAAACUGUUUGCCUGAGCGAUUCUCCCAUUCCAACCAUACAGAUGUUUGUCUUUUGCUUAGCAUGAAAGAGGAAUUGGCAAACAUAAUUGCUCCCUUGAUGAAGAGGCCAAUCACACGAUGGCCAUUCUUUGCUUUCUUGGGUGGAGCCAUGUUUUGCUUGCUAGCCAGCAGCAUAUGCCAUUUGCUCUUAUGUCACUCACAGCGUCUAUCAUACAUCAUGCUUAGGCUUGACUAUGCUGGCAUUGUUGCCCUCAUAUCGACUUCCUUUUAUCCUCCUGUCUACUAUUCCUUCAUGUGCUACCCCUUCUUCUGCAAUCUUUACAUGGGAUUCAUAACACUCCUGGGAAUUGGCACAAUCCUGGUUUCUCUCCUUCCUGUGUUCGAAAGCCCCAAAUAUCGUGGCCUUCGUGCAUGCCUCUUCUCCGGGAUGGGUCUACUGGGGAUAGCACCCAUUUUCCACAAGCUUAUCUUGUUCUGGCAUCAGCCUGAGGCACACCAUACAACUGGAUAUGAAAUUUUGAUGGGGGCUUUCUACGGUCUUGGAGCGCUUGUUUAUGCAACGAGGGUUCCAGAGCGAUGGAUGCCAGGUAAAUUCGACAUUGCUGGACAUAGCCACCAACUUUUUCAUAUAUUGGUAGUGGCAGGGGCCUACUCUCAUUACCGGGCAGGGCUAGUUUACCUCAAAUGGCGAGACCUGGAAGGGUGCUAA